CCCACUCGUCAUGGCGGAGCCGAGAAACAACUUCGCGCACCUGCUGCCCCCGUCGUGGACCAAACAUGUGCAGCUUUGGCUAGAGGAUGACAUUCCGUCGUUCGACGUCGGCGGCUUUGUGGUCGGCGAGGAUGAGGAAACGGCGUUGCUUCUGGGAAAGUCGGAGGGUGUACUGGCCGGCGUUCCCUUCUUCACCGAAGUGUUCCGCUCUCUCAACUGCCACGUCGAAUGGCUAUUGAAUGAGGGCGAUGAGGUCAAGCCGAGCGGCGUCCCGGGCGGCAAAGUGCCCGUGGCCAAGGUCACGGGAAAGUGUCGCCAGCUGCUGCUGGGCGAGCGCACAGCCCUUAACAUCCUCACGCGUGCCAGUGGCGUCACCACACAGGCCCGUCGGUCCGUGGAGCAGGCGCGCUCGCUCGGCUGGAACGGCCACGUGGCUGGCACCCGCAAGACGACGCCAGGCUUCCGCCUCGUGGAGAAAUAUGCGUUGCUGGUGGCCGGUGCUUCCACGCACCGCCACGACCUGUCGCAGAUGGUUAUGCUCAAGGACAACCAUGUGUGGGCGGCUGGCAGCAUCACCAAGGCCGUACACAAGGCAAAGUUGGCUGCCGGAUUCUCAAUGAAGAUUGAGGUUGAGUGCCGCCGCAUCGAGGAGGCGCAGGAGGCCGCUAAGGCCGGAGCUGACAUCGUCAUGCUAGACAACUUUGAGCCGGAGCAGCUGAAGGCUACGGCCGCCGAGCUCAAGAAGCAGUUCCCGCACUUGCUCAUCGAGGCCAGCGGCGGCAUCACACCCGAGACCCUCGGCCAGUACGUGUCGCCCGAUGUGGACGUUGUCAGCCAGGGCAAACUUACGCAGGGGUAUCCGUGCCUGGACUUUUCGCUCAAGAUCCAGAAGUCAGACGGCGUCUUGGAACAGUAA